CCAUCACCAAGACCACCGACCACAUCUUUGACAGAAGAAUCUGAGGUCUACGGUAGAGAUGCUGAUAAGGAGGCCAUACUCAAGUUGUUGCUUACAGAUGAUGAUCAUGAGGGUAGGAAUAAGGUGUCUGUGAUUCCAAUAGUAGGCAUGGGUGGCAUUGGCAAAACCACCCUUGCUCAAUCAGUAUACAACGAUCAUGCAGUUGAGAAGCACUUUAACUUCAAAUCAUGGGUUUGUGUUUCUGAAGAGUUUGACAUUUGCAAGGUAACGAAAACAGUCCUCUGUGCUGUAACUAAGUCUCAUUCUCAUUCUUAUGAUGACUCAAACUUGGAUUUGCUUCAAAUUAAGUUGAAAGAGGGGCUAAUCGGAAAAAAAUUCUUAAUUGUUUUAGACGAUGUGUGGAACGAGGAUUAUAUUGAUUGGAAGAAAAUGUGUACACCUUUUAAUUAUGGGGCUCAAGGAUGUAAGAUUAUUGUAACAACACGCAAUGAAAAAGUUGCAGACAUCACGGGCACUAUUCCAACUCAUUAUCAUCUUGAGCACUUGAAAGAUGAAGAUUGCUGGAAACUGUUUGAAAAGCAUGCAUUUGACAAAAUUAGAGAUUCUAGUGUAUGUCAAGUCCCGGAAAAAAUUGGUCGAGGAAUUGCCAAGAAAUGCAAUGGCUUGCCCUUAGCUGCAAAAUCACUUGGAGGCCUCUUGUGCUCUAAAGGAGAUAUCAAUGAAUGGGAAAGAGUAUUAAAGAGUGAGAUUUGGGAUUUUUCAUAUAAAGAGACUAAAAUUCUACCAGCUUUGUUGUUAAGCUACAACUACCUUCCAUCACACCUAAAGCGAUGUUUUGCUUUUUGUUCAAUAUUCCCCAAGGACUAUGAAUUCCAGAAGCAUGAAUUGGUCUUAUUGUGGAUGGCAGAAAAUCUUUUGCGUCAAUCAAAAAGAGAUAAGAGAAUGGAAGAUAUAGGUGAUGAAUAUUUUAACGAGUUAGUGUUAACAUCAUUUUUCCAAAGAUCAAGUAAAGUUAGUAUAUCUUCCUGGACAUACCCAUUUGAAGUGGAAAAUUCUUUCUUUGUGAUGCAUGAUCUUGUUCAUGAUUUAGCCAGAUAUGUAUCCGGGGAAUAUUGUUUUACAUUAGAAGAUGGCAACUCAAAUGAAAAGGCGAUGAGGGUGCGUCAUCUAGGUGUUGCAACAGUUGUUUCCUCACAGAGAUUUGGUACUAUUUCUGAAUCAACUCAUUUGCGCACACUUUUACCAUUAGACAGUUAUUCAUUUUGCAACUUAUUCAAUGAAGUAGUGAACAACGUAAUUUUGAAGUUGCGGUGUUUGAGAGUAUUGUCAUUGUUUGGUUGUACAAAUUUGAGGCAGUUAAGUGAAUCAAUUGGUGAACUAAAGCAUCUUCGUUUCCUUAAUCUCUCUGAAACUUCAAUCAAAAGAUUGCCCAAUUCUGUGUGUAAGUUGUACAAUUUACAAAUUUUAAAUUUAUCAUGGUGUCGUGAACUCAUUGAGUUGCCUGAAGAUAUGCAUCAUCUUAUCAACUUGAGGCAUCUUGAUAUCAGUUAUUGUUUUAAUUUAGUAGAGAUGCCAAGACAAUUGAGUAAAUUGAAGAGUCUCCAGACGUUGACAUAUUUUGUUGUGGGAAAAGAUAAUAAGACAAAGAUAGGAGAGUUGAGGGAGCUUUCAGAUCUCCAUGGAGAACUUUACAUUAGAAAUUUACAGAAUGUCCCAAGUGCUGAGGAUGCAUUGGAAGCCAAGUUGAUAGACAAAAACAAUCUUGAGGCGUUGCGGUUGCAUUGGAAUGGCAAUUCUAAUGAUUCAAAUCAUGACGAAGAAGUAUCAUUCUGGAUAUGCUUAACAUAUCUGGAUAUGGAGUGCUUGCCACCACUUGGACAGCUACCCUCCCUCAAAACUCUGUGUAUUGAUGAACUUUUUGGAGUGGUGACUGUGGGUGCAGAGUUUUAUGGGAUUAGUGGUUCUAAUUCUGCGAGAAAGGCAUUUGUGUCACUGGAAUUUUUAAGUUUCAAAAAUAUGCCAGCGUGGGAAGAAUGGUGUUCAAUUGGAGUUGACGAUGGUGAAAUCUUCCCUAAACUCCAAGAACUUGAAAUAUUUGGGUGUGAUAGGUUAAGGACUGUUGAUUGGCCUGUGAACCUGCCAUGUUUAACAAAUCUUCGAAUUACUGGUUAUAGAAGUGGCAAUGAGGUUCUUGUAUCAUCACUCCCAAGGACUCCGGCUAUCCGUCACUUGGAUUUAAGCAAGUGUGAACAACUAGAGGUACGGGGAUUGCCACAAACAGUGGAAACGAUUAGUGUUGGAGGAUGUAGAGGUGUAGAAUCAUUGAUGAAGGCAUUAAGAGAGAGCCAAACUUGUAGUCUUCAAAGCCUAUGUAUCAAUGAUUGUUCUUUGCCUAUAUCCUUUCCUACAGGGUGUCUCCCUGCUACCCUGACACAACUGCGAAUCAAUAAUUGUGAGAAAUUAGAAUUCCCAAUGCACCAUGACUCACUCAAAACGUCUCUUCAAAGUGUUUCCAUACAAAAAAGUUGCGGGGGUUCACUUAUAUUCUUUCCCCUGGAUUUCUUUCCCAGCCUCAAUUAUCUCUGUUUUGAAGAGUGUGAAAAUCUAGAAUCUCUGAUAGUCUCAGAUGGGCUGCCAUACCAGCAUGGCCUAAUAUGUCUAUCUUCUUUGCGGAUCGAACGUUGCCUCAAGUUGAUAUCUUUUCCUAAUGGCGGAUUGCAUGCUCCCAAUCUAACUCAUCUUACAGUUCAAGAUUGCAAGAAAUUAAAGGAGCUGCCUGAGCAAAUGGCUAAACUCCUUCCAUCUCUGGAAGAAUUGAGGAUUGCUGAUUGUCCAGAGGUGGAGUCAUUUCCUGAAGGGGGUCUACCCUCUAAUCUGUGUAGUCUUUGGAUUAAAAACUGCUCUAAACUCAUUGCACAGCGAUCCAAGUGGAAUUUACAAAAGCUCCAAGCUCUUAAAGACUUUGAAAUCGUAGGAGGUGAAGGCGUGGAAUCGUUUCCAGAGGUGGGGCUGCUGCCUUCAACUCUUACCUAUCUUACGAUGGGUGGAUUUGCAAGUCUUAAGAGGUUGGACAUAAAGAAGCUUCAACAACUCACUUCUCUUACAUCUCUAGAAAUCGAGUCGUGCCCUCAAUUAUAGAAUCUGCCACAUCAGAAGCUUCCUACCUCUCUUAAUUGUUUAUAUAUCAACCAAUGUCCAAUCCUGGAAGAAAGGUGUCAGAGGGAUAAAGGGAAAGACUGGAACAAGAUUUCUCACAUCCCCCGCAUCUAUAUCGAUUAUAAGCUCAUUUGAUCAGAUAUAUGCAACUGACUACUCUUUACAUUCCUGGUAGGUUGGAAUAUGGAAUGUUGCAGAAGACAUAUUGGAUGAGAAUUCACAACAAAGCUUUUGUCUUCCUUCAUCCUCUUCCUCAUUUAUUUUGGAUUCAUGUGUUCACAAAUCUUGCAAGAUGGCAACAAGUGCAAAUAAAAUUUUCAAAUUCUGAGUUUACUUAUUUGGGAAAUUUAGAUAUUUGUGCAUGCUACAUUUGCAAAUACUAGUUAUUUCUAAUUAUGGUGUUGUAUUAAGAAUUAUUAGUUUUACAUUUACAUUUAUCAUGGAUAUUAAUGAUGAUUUAAAGACUUUAGUUC